AUGUCAAGAGGGUGUAUUUUGGUAACAGGAGGAGCCGGUUUUGUUGGCAGCCAUUCUGUUAUAGAACUUAUCAAUGCAGGAUAUUCUGUUGUUGUUGUAGACAACUUUGUUAAUGCUAAUAAUGAAAGUGUUAAACGAGUUGAAGAGAUAUGUGGAACAAGUAUACCUAUAUACAAUUUAGAUUUAACAAAUAAAUCUGAUUUAGAAGAUGUGUUUAAAAAGCAUGAAUUUACCAGUGUGAUACAUUUUGCUGGACUGAAAAACGUAGGAGAGUCCUGUGAAGUGCCAUUAUUAUAUUAUAAUGUUAAUGUAGGAGGAGCCAUAAACCUAUUAGAGGUCAUGAAAGAAAAUAACGUCAAAAAUUUAAUUUUCUCAAGUUCCUGUACGGUUUAUGGCGACCCUAAAUAUUUACCUGUAGACGAGAACCAUCCGACAGGUGGAUGUACUAAUCCAUAUGGAAGAACCAAGUUCUUCAUAGAGGAAAUAUUAAAAGAUCUUUGUAUAGCAGACCCAGAUUGGAACAUUGUCGUUUUACGUUACUUCAAUCCAGUUGGUGCUCACAAAUCAGGAAAAAUUGGAGAAGACCCUAAAUGUAUUCCGAAUUUAAUGCCGUAUUGUGCCCAGAUACUAGUAGGAAAGAGAAAAGAGCUGAACGUUUAUGGGAAUGAUUAUGACACGCCAGAUGGAACAGGAGUGAGAGACUACAUUCAUGUAUCUGAUGUGGCGACAGGACAUGUAGCAGCACAGAAAAAAGUAGAGGAAAAAUGUGGUUUGAAGAUAUACAACUUAGGAACAGGACAAGGAUAUUCUGUGAUGGAAAUGAUUAAAGCAUUCAGUGAAGCUGCAGGCAAACCAGUUCAAUAUAAAAUAACAGGAAGACGUGCUGGUGAUGUAGCUUCAACUUACAGCAAACCAGAUUUGGCUGCUAAAGAGUUGGGGUGGAAAGCCACCAGAGGUUUGAGUGAAAUGUGUGAAGAUUUAUGGAGAUGGCAGACAAUGAACCCUGACGGAUUCAAUUCAAACUGACCAACAUCUUAAAAAACAUAACUUAACACAGCGAACCUAGGGCUAAUAAAUAAAGGCAACAGU